AUGUCUGUUUCCUUCGACACCACUGACGUUGCCCCCGCCCCGGUCCCUGUUGUACAGGAUGGCCCAUGUCUCGGCUCCAAGUCCAGGAUGCCCGAGUUCAGCCUGGCUGGAAAGGUUGUCUUGGUCUCUGGAGCUGCGCGUGGCCUUGGCUUGACCCAAGCUGAAGCCCUUCUGGAAGCGGGCGCCAAAGUCUACGCUCUUGAUCGUCUGGAUGAGCCCUCUCCCGAAUUCGCCGUGAUCCAGGAGCGUGCUCUGCAAGAACUGGGUACUGAGCUUCACUACCGUCGCAUCGACGUGCGCGACACGGAGCUGCUGAACACCGUGAUUGAAACUAUUGCCAACACUGAAGGCCGAAUGGAUGGUCUGGUGGCGGCGGCCGGAAUCCAGCAAGAGACCCCCGCGCUGGAGUACACAGCCAAGGAUUCCAACACCAUGUUUGAGGUGAAUGUCACGGGGGUGUUCAUGACCGCUCAGGCAGUCGCCAAGCAAAUGAUUCGCUUCGGGAAUGGAGGCAGCAUCGCCCUAAUUGCGAGCAUGAGUGGCACCAUUGCCAAUCGGGGUCUCAUCUGCCCCGCCUACAAUGCCAGUAAGGCUGCCGUGAUUCAACUUGGCCGUAACCUCGCCUCCGAAUGGGGCCAAUACAAAAUCCGCGUCAACACCAUCUCCCCUGGGUACAUUGUCACCGCCAUGGUUGAGAAGUUAUUUGAACAAUAUCCUGAGCGUCGCGACGAGUGGCCCAAGCAGAACAUGCUCGGUCGACUUUCCGCACCCAACGAGUACCGCGGUGCUGCAGUCUUCCUCCUCAGCGACGCCAGCAGCUUCAUGACCGGUAGUGACCUCCGCAUUGACGGUGGUCACGCCGCAUGGUGA